UACCUUCCCGCCGGAGCGGUACCUAUUGAUCUAUUCACAUUUGCAUGUUUUCGAACUGCUAGGUUGGUCACUUAGUCUACUAAAAAAAAGAAAAAAAAGAAACCCCAAAGCUUAUUUUCCCCCUUUGAACCACAUGGUGGCAUCAAAGGCCAUUAUUUCCCAGCCACAUUCUUGCAACUUUGGAGAGAGGCGAAAAAAUGCCCAUCAUUUUUUGGCACAAUACUUGCUCUCAAGUUGCUGACUAUCCCAACCCUCCCGUCCCUUCCCAAAUAAUUUAUGUUAAUGUAUUCUGCUCCCUGCCUCUUGGCAGCCAUUCAUCCCGACAGCCAAUGUCUCUCCCUGGGAGGAAUCCUCUUCAGAUGCUCUUUGGGAUCCCUGAAGCAGGGAGGGGGGGAAAUUAACAAUUCCACAAACAAACAAGAGGGAUUUUCCAUCUGAAACUGGCAUCUCUGUAUGUGUCUUUCCCCCCACGCUGCCUUUGCCAGGACUGCACUGUGCGGUGCUGGCUUUCUGGCUCUUCUCAUAGCCUUUGGAAGAAGUGACGUCUUUUAUUUAAGGACAGAAGAAACUCAGUAAUUCCCAACCUACUUUCUUUGAAACCCAAAGUUAAUUCUGUGCAUUCAGGAGCCGGAUUUUGGAUAAUAAGCACAUUUUGAGAAUAUCAUCCGAAGAUCCUCCGCUUACUGUAGAAGGGAAUCUCUCUGGGGAUCGGCUCUGCUAAGCUCUUGGCUUCUUUAAGUAUCUGGACCAACCCACCCAAGGCAAGCCUCUUUGACUUAGAAGAUCUGCAAAGGCACCACCCAAAGGAGCUGCUGUUUUAAGUUUAUUUUGGGUCCAGAACGGAUUGGAGAGACCCACAAACUUAGUGGAUAUUCUUUCAACACUUAGAUUUCAGAAGUAUCUGGGUCACUUUUUUCGGACCCCAUCAAGGUAUUUUGUUUUGGACUUUCCAGAUCUAUUUCUCUGUCAAGUGAAAAGGACUUUUCAUCCCAACUUUAAGCAGAGCCACAUUCCAACUCUCCCUGUUCCUCUCACAUUUUGUUUUCACCACAGAUAUCUCAUUUGAACCUUCAUUCCAAGAGAGUCGGCAUCGUGCCAUUUUCUCAGUGCAGCCAAGAUGUUCAGCUGGAUGAAGAAGAAUGAGAAGAAGACACCCGAGGUGAUCCGCACAGUUACUGAGGGCCUCAAAGACCUUUACAAGAGGAAGCUGCUCCCGGUGGAGGAAUUCUACCGCUUCCAUGAUUUCCAUUCACCAGCCCUGGAAGAUGCCGACUUUGACAAUAAACCCAUGGUGCUGGUGGUGGGCCAGUACUCCACCGGGAAGACCACCUUCAUCAAAUACCUGCUGGAGCAGGAUAUCCCGGGGAGUCGCAUUGGGCCUGAACCCACCACCGACUCUUUCAUCGCUGUGAUGCAUGGAGAAACAGAGGGGAUCAUACCGGGCAACGCUCUCAUUGUCGACCCCAAAAAGCCUUUCAGAAAACUCAACCCCUUUGGAAACACCUUUCUUAACAGGUUCCUGUGUGCUCACUUGCCCAACCAAGUCCUGGAGAGCAUCAGCCUUAUAGACACUCCAGGGAUCCUGUCAGGUGCAAAGCAGCGCGUGAGUCGAGGCUAUGACUUCCCAGCAGUGCUGCAGUGGUUUGCUGAGCGUGUGGAUCUCAUCAUCCUCCUCUUUGAUGCCCAUAAGCUGGAGAUCUCAGACGAGUUCUCAGAGGCCAUCCGGGCCCUCAAGGGCAACGAGGACAAGAUCCGGGUGGUCCUGAACAAGGCCGAUAUGGUGGAGACGCAGCAGCUGAUGCGGGUCUACGGUGCCCUUAUGUGGUCGCUGGGGAAAGUGUUCAACACACCCGAGGUGCUGCGUGUCUACAUCGGGUCCUUCUGGUCGGAGCCACUCAUGAUCUCUGACAACCGACGGCUCUUUGAGCUUGAGGAGCAGGACUUGUUCACGGACAUCCAGAACCUGCCCCGGAAUUCUGCCCUGAGGAAGCUUAACGAUUUGGUCAAGAGAGCCCGCCUGGUCCGGGUCCAUGCCCACAUCAUCAGCCAUCUGAAGAGGGAGAUGCCCUCUGUCUUUGGAAAAGAAAACAAAAAGAAGCAGCUCAUCAACAAGCUGCCUGUCAUCUUUGCCAAGAUCCAACUUGAGCAUCACAUCUCACCUGGUGAUUUCCCCGACUGCAACAAGAUGCAGGAAAUGCUGAUGGUGCAUGACUUCACCAAAUUCCAUGGAUUGAAGCCGCGCAUGGUGGAUGCUUUGGAUGAGCUCCUGACUCUAGAUAUUGCCAAGCUGAUGCCUCUUUUGCGCCAGGAGGAGACAGAAGUCCCUGAGCAGAUUGUGCAUGGUGGUGCUUUUGAUGGCACUCGGAAUGGUCCCUUCAUUGAAGGAGCAACCGAGGGGGCCUAUGAGGGGAUGGAUGAGGAUGAAUGGGUGGUGACCAAGGACAAACCCAAAUACGAUGAGAUUUUCUAUAAUCUAUCACCCAUGGAUGGCAAGCUGAGUGGCACAAAGGCCAAGAACUGGAUGGUCACCACCAAACUGCCCAACUCAGUCCUUGGCAAGAUCUGGAAACUCAGUGAUGUAGACCGUGAUGGCAUGUUGGACGAUGAGGAGUUUGCUCUUGCCAGCCACCUGAUUGAAGUCAAGCUAGAUGGUCAUGGCCUACCAUCUGAUCUGCCCCGCCAUCUUGUGCCACCUUCGAAGCGUCGGCAGAAGGGGUCAGCUGAGUAAAAAGGCCCCUCAAGAGUUUGCCACCAAUCCUUAUGCCAGGUUUGAACUGCUCCAGUAGGCUCUGGUUCACCUUUUAUUUCCACCCUCUUCAGGCCUUAGGAAGCCUAAAUUCCUUAUGAAUGCCUCAUUCCUGCUUAGCAGUUAUGCGUUGGAUUGCAUCAGAUGAUCUUCCUUCCUGCUCCUUUCUUCAAACUAAGCUUCAGUUCUACCUUCCUGCUUUGUCUCAUGUCCCUACCAAACUCAAGAAGGCUUCGGUCUACAACAAGCUUUGGUUCUCUGUUGGCUUUGUUCAUUUGGGCCUAGUUAAAACUACGUCAUUUGGUCUUCCAUUCAAUUCUCCACUUCCAGACCUGCAUACUAGUUGCACCAAUGACUAAAUGUCUACCUGGACUGGACUUUUCAAAGAUGUUUUCCUUCCGCAGAAACCAGACUCAAAGGGCUUCAUGCUUCACAAGUUAAUUGCCUAAGGACACUGCUUCCCCCAAACCAGGGUCCAACUCUUCCAGGAGGCUGUAGUCUAGUCAACAUCAGUUUAAGAACAGAUCAACUUCAAUUUCCAAGCCAUGUCAACCUUGAUCUUCUUUAAUAGACCUCAGUCCUGCCAUCAAGUGUGUAGAUGCUGACCCCCACAUCCACUGGGGUAUCUUUAUCCAUUAGAAAUAGCAAACUAGUCUGUGCUUAGCCACCCUUACUGAGAUGUUGUAUACUUGCUUGUGGAACUCCUUGCAGCUAUCAAUAGCUGUGUGUUGUUGCAAUGUCAUCUGUGUUUUGCCAACUCCUUCCAUCAAACUAAGGGUGAAACAAGAUGAAGUAGGAGUGUGAAGCAUGUUAUGGAAGACAAGGCUAGACAAGUUGUUGCCAAGUUACUCAAGCCCACAAACGAACUUAAAUAGAAGUUAGGGAAGAAGUUUUUCUUACCUUCUUUGGCCUAAUUUUUCGACAAGUUAGGAGUAUUCCAUCUUCUCACAGCUCUCUCACUUGCCCGGAGCUGUAGUAGGAGAGAGGGCACAAAGGGCAUCCAAGGUGAUUCUAUGGUAAUUUCCAGUGAGUUAAUUUCAAUCCUCCUCAAGUUUAGAUCACUUAAAAUUCUGUUACAGCUAAAAAAAAAAUCAAAUAGGAAAAAGUGGUCCUCCAGAUAUGUCUUGAUUGUCACUCUCACACCUAUUGCCAGAAUCACUAGUCUUAGAGAAUGAUGGAAGCUGCUCUUCAACAUCUGGAGGUAUGUACAUUACCCAUCUGUGAAGUAAAGGCUCAGAUACCCUGGUUAUGAAAGAGUGACUAUUCUUGGCCUAAUCAUUAUCUGUAACUCAGUUAUUAUCCUCUUCAGGUCAUUGGACGAGCUGUGAUGUCAUAGAAUGUAAAUUAUUAGUUUGUGUUCACACUGUGUUGACAGUACAAGUAAUUUCUAAGAAGAACCAAAGCUGAAGAAUAGCCCCAGAUAGUUAUAGGUGUCGUGGAAGACAUGUAGAACAUUGGAACAAGCUUCAGAAGGAGAUCUGGAGUUUAGAUGGUGAUUCAAAAUAACUUCGGCUGCAAGUCUCUAUUAACAUAGGUUUGUAUAUUUUUUGUUGUUUAGUUUUGCACACAUUUCUUGCUUUUGUAUUUGGAUAUUAUUCCUUUUUUAAUUUCAAAGGGAUGAUAAAGAAGAAAAAUUGAAAUGAAGAGAUCUCCAGCUAUUUCUCAGUCAUGAGAUCUAGCAGCUUGUUAUUUUUGUUAUAAAAAAGAUAUUCCCGGGAUAUUUGUCUUCUUGCCAGACAAAUAGCUUUGCUCUGGCGUCACAAGCGUAGGGUGAUGUCCAACACAGACAACAUUCCAUCCACUGAUUGCAUUGUUUGGAUAGCCAACAACUAUCAGUAGCAAUCUCCAAAGCUACUGCUUAUUUUACUCCAACCGUGUUCACAGUCUCUGAAGACCAAUCCAGAACAAGUUUAUUUUCCUGUGAAUGCUUAUGCCAGGAAGAAAGACAUUUUUUAUUCCAUCCAUAUGGCUUCAUGUUAAAUAGUUUCAUCUGUUUUAAUCUGAUUUCUUUCACUGUAGCUAAGCCUUAUCCUUGAGCUAGCUACUUCCUUAUCACCAUUCACUGUCAAGUAUGUUAUUAUGACAUUGUAAAAAAUCAUGCACAUAUUCUCAUUUGAUAUGUAACUGCAGCUUUUAUCUGCCUGUCUUGCUUGGAGUUUGCCUUAGGGGCGACUUUAUGAUGUAGAUUAAAGUAUAUGGGGAGGUUUCUUAAACAGGCAAGAAAUAAGGUGUCAAGCUAACAGGAAGACACAGAAGGCUUGUAUGAAAAAUUAACUUUUUACAGAUGAAAAUGGAGAUGUGUAUGGCCAAAAAAUACCAGAGUGAAGUCAAGAUGGCAAAAGUUAUUAGAGAGAAGGAACAGACAAGCUAGGAGUGUAUGCCAUAGUUUGAUUUUGCUUAAGUCCACAGGGAAGGACACAGUUUCACUUCUUCUUUUCCACUCCACUGAGUUCUGGGUGCAAACAACUAUGACUAGAAACAGAGUUUGGAUCCCUAUUCAGCCAUGGAAACCCACUGGGUGACCUAGAGCAAUCUGGCUUCAGAGGUAGACUCCCUCUAAACAAAUCCUGCCAAGAAAAACUUAAGAUGGCAAUUAAUGGGAAUUGACAUGCGGGCACAAUAAUGAAGGGAAAUGUGGGAAGAGAAGAGAGAGUCUGUGCAAUGUUUGAAAGGGCUGAUAAAGCAUGAUGCCAAUCAGAAUCGUCUCCACCAAAUCAGGACAAUUGGAGGGUAUGAGGAUGAUGUAUCCCCACAACAGUGAUGGAGAAAGUGGAGCCUAUAGGUCACCCAUGUCUCCUUUUUUGUCACCUUCCUAAAAUCCACCAUUGUACUUUGUACCCUUCCAAGCCCUUCCUAAAAGCCAACACAGACACCAGGAGUGACACAGCAUCAGUGCUGGGCUGCUCACAUGGUGGAAAUGGCUCCCCAAGUCCUGCCACAGUUGCCCUUCCCUGACCUAGAGAGUGUUUCUUUCCAAGACUUGCAGUGUGAUCUGAUCCAGUGGUGGCCAAAGCUGCAGUCCCUGGACCAGUACCACUUGGAGCCAUUGACUAGCAGUUGGUAGAGAGUUUUUAGGAAACACACAGUUGUAGCCAAUAAGUACAAAUAUGCUACUGAGUCCUGGCCCGAGAGAAAUAAUGUCUGGUCCUGUACAGCCUGAAAAGAGUGAGUGUAUCCUCUGCCACCGCUUACUAAACUGUUAUAGAAUAAGCUUUAUCCUGUAGUCAGGACUUACAGCUGUAUGCCAUCACAACCAUUAAAAUGGCAACAACUGCAACCCAAGCCCCUGAACUCUACAGGCAGAGUAAAUGACACAAAUUAUCUAUAGGAGGGGAAAAAAACUAUGAAUAUCCUUGUUUACAUUUGCUUCAUUUUAGCUUGAUUAAUUAUGUUGCAAAAAAAUAUACCCAUAGUGCCUGCAUCAGCAAGGUUAUCCUCAAUUACUUUUACUGUAGGGGUAGGUGGGGGAUAUUAGCAACCCCUCCAGCCCCCAUUCAUAAGCACCAACAGAGCUGCCCCAUCUAGGAGGGUGCUAGGGCAAGAGGACUCGUGUGGAAGUGCUUUCUCAGACCUCAGGAUCAAGGCAAUUAAUUUUGUUUCAACUUUAGGAAGUCUAAGGACUCUUGCUGACUAACAUUUCCUGAGGUCCAUCUGCCAGUCUUCUUGCAGGGAUCCAGAGGUGCAGUCUGAUCUUGAGGAGGGCCUUGUAGCUUUUGUGAUAUGCCUCUAACAGCAUUUCUGAUGGAAUAAAACAUUUAUUUACCA